UUAGGAAUGUGUUGUUUAAUUUCCAUGUCUUUAUGAAUUUCCCAAAUUUUACUGUUGUUAUUGUUUCUAAUUAAUCGCAGUGUGGUUGGAAAUUCUGAUUAAUUCCAGUGUGGUUGGAAGGCAUGCUUGGUAUGAUUUCAAUACUUUAAAAUUUACUGAGAUUUGUUUUUAUGGCCUAAUAUAUAAUCUGCCUUGAAGAAUGUUCCAUAUGCACUAGAGAAGAAUAUCUAUUCUAUUAUUGGUUAGAGUGUUCCACAAAUGUCUGUUAGGUCUAGUUGGUUUAUAGUGCUGUGCAAGACUUCUAUUUCCUUAUGGAUCUUCUGUCUAAUUUUUCCAUUCAUUAUCGAAAUCUCCAACUCUUAUUGGUGAGUUGUCUUUUUCUACCAUCAAUUCUGUCAGUUUUGCUUCAAGCAUUUUGUGGACACUGUUGUUAGGUAUACACAUAUAUAUAUUUUUUUGUAUCUUCCUGAUCGAUUGACCCUUUUAUCAUUAUGAAAAGCCUUCCUUAUCUCUAAGAACAUUGCUUUUGUUUUAAAAUCCAUUUUGUCUGAUAUUAGUAUGGCAAGUCCAAUUUUCUUGUUUGCAUGUUAUUUUUUUCCCAUCCUUUUACAUUCUACUUACUAGAGAGUUAUUACACUCCUCAAGUUAGAAAUUCAUGUCAAAUUAUUACCAUUAACACUAUUAUUUGAGAUUUUGUUUUGCUGAUUAUCCACUGCUGAUAGGCUUUUUUUCCUCCUUCUUUUUCUUUCCCUUUUUCUUCAAUCCUUCUGAGACUCUUUUUUGCAGUAUCAGCAUGAAGACUUAAUGGCAGGUGGGGAUCAUUUCCUGAACUGCAAUAGUAAUUAGAGCCAUGAUGAUUUACAAGAUUCUUAGAACAGUUAAUACCAAAUUCAGAUGAAGCUGAGACUCAAGUCUCACCUAAAGACUGGCAUUUUCCUCCAUAACAAUGCUCUGUUAACCUGCUCUGGAUAUUGUUAUAGAAAUUCAGAAUCCUUGGAUGGCAACUGAGCAUCAACCAUGCAACUGUGAAUGCAUGCCUGAGUGUGCUGGGCAUCCCACCUGGUCCUCCCCUUCCCCUGCUGGCUCUGCAAAGCAAAUGGGGUGUAACAAUAGGAGUCCUGGAAUGUUCCUGUAUGGGGCUGACCUUUGUAUCACUGCUAAUCCUUGUCCUCUGCUGUCAGAGACAAAAGAGAUUAAGUUAAAACGGUACAGAAACUUCCCUGGGCCGUAGAACUGAGCUGCUUUUCCUUCUUUGCAAUUCAAAGCUUUUACCAGGAUUCUCCCCUUCCCUCCCUCCUUCUGAUCUUCACACCUCUCCAACAUCGGGGAAAGGCAGGAAGUUUUCCCCAUGUGUUUUUCUUUGUGACGACAUGAUAUGGCAUGUUGAUUAAUGGGGAAAACCCCAUGUGAAAACACGCCUUCUGUGUACAUUCCCAAUAUCUGCUAUAAGUAAGGCCAUCCUAGGCAGCUCUCAGAACAUAGCACUCCCAAGGCACUGGGUACCCAGCACUGAGCAGAUCUAUUCUUUGAACUGAAAAUGAUGUGCAGUGGCAGGUGUUUGCUCCUGGCUGCUUUGAUGUCAGUGCUGCUUCUCCACCUCUGCAGCAGGUCAGAAGCAAGCAACUUUGACUGUUGUCUUGGAUACACAGAACAUCUUGUGCCUCCCAGAUUUAUCGUGGGCUUCACACAGCAGCUGGCAAGUGAAGCUUGUGACAUCAAUGCUAUCAUCUUUUACACAAGGAAAAGAUCAGCUGUGUGUGCAGAUCCAAAGCAAAAGUGGGUGAAACAAGCUGUGCAUAUUCUGAGUCAAAGAGUCAAGAAGAUGUAAAAACUGAUGAUCUUCUGGAAUGGAAUUGGAUACAGCCCAAGAACAAAAAGACCCUUGCUGCAAUUGGCAUUUUUACUUGCACAUCGUUGAGGGUUUAUCACUUAUCCUCAUUGGACUUAUCCAAUUAAUGAAGUUGAUUCAUAUUGCAUCAUAGGUUUGCUUUGUUAAGCAUCACAUUAGAGUCAAACUCUAUUUUAUGUUAAGUUAUUUAUAGAUGUAGGUUUUCUGUGUUUAGCUAUUUAAUGCUAAACUUCUAUAAGCUAUUUGGUUUAGCACAAGGUAUAAAAUUAUGUUUGUGGAGAGAAAUUAUAUGGGCUUUCUUAUAAGCAGCAAGCUAUUUUUAAAAACUAUUUAAGCUUCUUCUGUUUGUAUAGUUUUGUCUCUAAGUUGUUGUAAUUGCCUUAAAAAAGAAAAAGGA